GGUUUUUCUAGGCUCCAAAUCGUCCAGAAACCUAAAGAUUUUUAUUGAUCUGUGCAAUUUAAAAUUUUUUUUCAUAGUAGGUAAUUAUUAUUUUUCUGAUCUUUACUCUGUUAUUAUCUGCACGAGUUAUCAUGAUAUUAUUUAUGAACAAAUGUUCAUGAUGCAUACUGAUACUAUCCAUAUAACCAUGUUACUAUACAUUUUGACAGUUGUUAGUAACCAAUUAAAUAGUUAAAUUUAUUUAAAUUAUUUUAAUUAAAAACUGUAUUGUAAUGUUUUGUAAUGGUUGAUGAACAUAAAGAUUAAGUCAAAUAAACAUUUAUGGAUAAAUUACGAAAUAUGAUUCUACGUAAAACAGUAUAUGAUAUUCGACAUUCUGGAUAUUUGAAAAGAUGUAAUGUUACUUUAGCUAAGCCACUCUCUGAAUUAUUUAAUUAUCCAAAGUCAAAGUUCAAAUUUUUUGCUAAAAAUCAAACUGUAAGUAAAUAUUUUGAAAGUUUUACUUUUUUAAAUUUCUCUUUUGUUUGAAAAUAUUAAGCAAAUAUAUAUCUGCAGGGUCUUUUUGGUAUACACGAAUUAAUUUCAUUUGAGGGGUUUUAUACACUCAAAGAACGUACACAAAUAGAAUGUGAUGAUUUUGUCAAUGAAAUAUGCAAUCCGAAUCGGUAAUUUUUUGUUAUACUUAUAAUAUUAUGUUAUAAAGAAAUUAUUUAUUUGUUCUUAUUUUUAAUGUUUAACAUAAUUUAUUAAAUACAAUAUAUCUAUGUAAAACAAGUUAUCUAUAUAUUGUGAUUACUAAUUUGAUUAAAUCGUACCUACUUUGUAUUUAUCUAUUUGUUUAUACUUAAUUGUUAUUAUGUUACUUUUCAAUAUGUUUUCUAAAGAUCAUGGGUAACAAAUAUUCUCCAUUUGAAUCUGUAAUUAAAGUGAUUGAGAAUUCUUAUUUGUAAAUCAUAAGUAUUGUCAUUUAAGACAAUAGGAAUAGUGGCAGAAAAUUAAAAAUAAAGUGUCAAUAAAGCUUAAACAAUGUCAUAAUAAUUGAAAAAAAAAAAACAAACAUCAAAUUCACUUAAAAUCAUCUGAGAAAUCACUAGUUUAUAAUAAAUGAAUCACUUGUAUUAUAAUGUUUAGUUGUAUAUAAAUAGGAGUAAUUUUGUCUACCAUAAUUUAAAAAUUAAUAAUAUUAACCUAUAAUUGCAUUUUGUUAAUUUAGCAAAAGGAAUUUGGUAACAAUUUUCGACCAGUUGUCUAAUAGUCUUUGUUGUCUGGCUGAUAUGGCUGAAUUUAUUCGUACAGCACAUUCUGACAAAUCAUUUAUCGCUGCUUCUGAAGAUUGCUGUAUUUCUAUUAAUACCAUUGUAGAAAGGUAGUAAUUAUUUUUCUAUUAGUUUAAAUUCAGUCUAUUUAUUCAAUGCUUAAUUUUUAGAUUGAACACUAAUAAGGAUUUGUAUACAAGUUUAAAACAAGUAAUUACAGAUGGUGAUAAAUAUCUUAUGACUGAGGAAGAUCGUCAUGUUUGUGAAUUAUUUUUGUUUGAUUUUGAAUUAAAUGGUAUUCACUUAGAAGAAAAGAAAAGACAAUAUGUUGUUGAUUUGAAUAAUUUUAUUUUAAUAACUGGACAGCAAUUUAUGAUAGCUGCAGAAAAGCCUAGAGUUGUUGAUCGAACUGGAUUGCCAGAUGUGCUGUUAAAAGAGUAUUUAAAAGGCAAAUGUCAUUAUUUGUGUGGUUUAUUGAUUAUUUUUAUUUGUAUUAGGUACAGCUCAAUAGUAGAUAAGUUAAUAGUUGGACACCCUAGUUCACAAUCCGAAGAUCCAAUUUUAAGAGAAGUUGCAUUCAAGGUUUUUUAUAGUUCAAAUGCAGAAUCAGAACAGUUAUUAGAUAAUCUUUUGGAAUGUCGUCAUAAAUUGGCUUUAACAUGUGGAUUUCCAUCUUACGCUCAUAGGUGAGUAAUAAACUAAAUAUAAUGUCUAUUAUUGAUUUUUUUUUUUUUUUAAGAGCAUUGAAAAACAGUAUAGCAGAAAAUCCUAUAUUUGUAAUGGAAUUUUUAGAUACCUUAAACACAGAGCUGAGAACUCGGUCAGUUAUUGAUUACAAGACUAUGAAAAAAGCAAACAACAAUAAUGUAAUUUACUGUUUUUUCAUUAUUUUUGGAUGGACAAAUAUUUAUAUUUUUUAUUUUAAGAAAUACAAUUUUUUUUAUAUAUAGAUAUUAUAUUGGUAUAUACAGAUAAGCCGUGCUUCACAAAAUAAUGACAACAGUUAGAAACUAGUUUUCUGCUGACGACUUGGGUACUUUGUCACCAGCUAAAUUUUUUUUAACUCUUCCUUUGGAUUUGUUUAUCUGUAUUUUCUAAAAUCAAUUAUAUGAUCAUCUUUUUUUUCUGAUGGACUGAUUAGUGUUAUGAUAAAAUUUCAAGGAAGUAGGCAAGUUUUUUGUUAUCAAAUGUAAUAUAUGAUUUAACAAUCCUAUAAUAAAAUAGAAAGAUAAUUCUUAAAUGACAUUAGGCCAUUUGGUAUCAUAAAAGAAAAUAAUUAUCUUUUACUUCUUAUUUAGUAAGUUAAAUAUAUAUUUAUCACAUGUUUUAUUUAAAAUACACUAGUUACUAACUAUUCCUUUUUGGAAAAAUACAUAUAACCCAAUUUUCCAUAUACAUUCAUUUUAAAAAAUUAUUAAAAAUAAACUAUUUUACUUUUCAGUUAUUUUAAUUCAUUCAGGUGUCUUUAGGAUGUCUUAGAACAAAUAUGCAAAUGUUGCAAGUCACAAACAAUUAAUUAUUGUAUUGAACAAAUUCAAUAUGGUAAUAUUUAAAAAAUGUAAAAAUAAUUAUUUUGAUUUAUUUAGACCGUAUCACCAUGGGAUGUACAAUAUUUAACAAAUAGGAUUAAACAGAAUCAUCUUAAAUAUGCAAUGAUAGAUUAUGCAUCAUAUUUUUCAUUAGGCGAUUGUAUGGAAGGAUUGAAUAUGAUUUUCAAUCAGUUGUAUGAUAUUAAUUUGUUAUUUGAAGAUAUAAAGCCUGGUGAAGGAUGGGAUGAACGAAUAUAUAAGUUAGCAGGUAAACUAAUACUAUUUAUUAUUUAAUUUGUAUUUUAUGAGUAAAUUUGUUGUUUUAAGUUACCCAUAGGACUGAAGGUUUACUAGGCUAUAUUUAUUGUGACUUCUUUGAAAGAACAGGCAAAUUACAUAAUGAUUCCCAUUAUGUUAUUAAAGGAGGAAGACAAUUAUCUGAUGAUUCUUACCAGGUAUAUAUAUAUUAACUUUACCAAUACAUGAUUUAUAAUUGAAUAUGUAUAUACCAGUAACAAGUGUACUAUAAUUUUACUACAUUUAAUUAGAAUCCAAUUGUAGUCGUUAUGUUGAAUGUGGUAUGGCGUGAGAAUAAUGGUCCAGUACUUUUGCAUCCUGGUUCUGUUGAAAAUCUAUUUCACGAGUUUGGACAUGCAAUACAUUCAAUGUUAGGUCGAACACGCUAUCAACAUGUAAAUGGUACGCGCUGUGCGACAGAUUUGGCAGAAUUUCCAUCAGUAUUAAUGGAAUAUUAUGCUACACAACCACAAGUAAACAUUUUUACUUGUUUUAUAUUGAUUAAACCAAAAUAAUAUUUUUAGAUAAUUGUUCGUGAAAAGUUUUACUUUUAUCCAUAUCUUAAGAUUAUAGCAAUGAGAGUAUUUUUGAACAACCAAAAAAAUGUAUUGAUGAAAAAUUGUUUUAUUUGGAAUAAAUGUAUUUUUUUAACUCACAAAACAAUUUAAAGAACAUAAAAAUAAUGAAUUUGUAAAAAGCUAAUUUUUAUUCUUAAAUAUCUACCAUCUCAUUGAAGUAAAUUAAAAAUUAAUAUGAUAUACCUUUAGAUAAUACUGUUUUCUUUGAUUUAUAUAAUGAAAAAAAAUUUUAAAAUCACUUUAGGGGGCCCUUUUUCUGAAUUAUGUGAAUAUUUGAAUAUAUUCCUCAAUUUCAUAAUAAAUGCUUGUGAUGUAAUACCUAUUUUUAAAUCAAUAUGGAAGUGAAUAUUUUUAUGUUGAUUAUAACUUUAAAUCAAUUAUUGUGAAAAACAGAAUUUUUUUAAACAAUUUGUUUAUAGGUUAUAAAACACUAUGCUAAACAUUAUAAAACUAGACAGCCUAUACCAGAAGACAUGUUGAAAAAGUUAUGUUCAUCCAAAUGUUUAUUUGCUGCUUCUGAAAUGCAGUUGCAAUUAUUUUACUCCGUACUUGAUCAAUAUUACCAUACAAGACCAUUACAGACACUAAGUACAACUGAUUUACUUGGAAAAUUACAAGUAGAGUAUUAUGGACUACCACAUAUUAAAAACACAGUAAAACAUAUUGGAAUGUAAAGUUAUAAAAAGUCUGUAUGUUAUAAAACUUAUGUUAUUUUGUAGGCAUGGCAUUUACGUUUUUCACAUUUUGUCGGUUAUGGUGCGAAAUAUUAUUCAUAUUUAGUGUCUAAAGCACUGGCAGCGCGCACAUGGCAUCAAUUCCUGAGUCAUGAUCCACUAAAUAGAAUUCAAGGAGAACGUUUACGCACAGAAUGCUUACAAUAUGGUGGUGGAAAACCAGCAAAACAAUUAGUUUCUGAUUAUCUGAAAACAGCAGUUACGCCAGAACUUUUGGCAUCAUCGUUAAUACAAGAUAUCGACCAAUCCUAUGAAAAUUUGAAGUCUUUUGUUUCCUAAUAUCAAUAAAAACUAAUUUUUUAUUUAUAAUUUAGUAGUCUACCAUCAAUUAAAAAGUUUAAAAAUUCUAUUGUAUUACAAAAUUAGCCUAGUUUAUUAGAAUGACAACAGGUUUAAAUUAUAAAUUUGUUAUUUAUUUAUAAUUUAUUUAACAAUAUGGUAUUCGAAAAAUAUUGAGUCUAUGUUAAUCUUAGUAUGUAGUUAUGUCAUUAUAAACACAAGCGCUAAGAAUUAUUUGCAUUACAUUUUUAUUAAUAGUGAAGUUAGUGUAGUAAAAUCAAAGUACCUCUUCUCUUUUGCUAUUUGAGAUUGUCCAUUCAUUGACAACCAUCACUGCUGUGUUGUGUUGAUAAUCCCCCCCCCCCUCUAAUGAAUUUAACCUAUAAAUUAAAUUUUCCAAUACUACAAUAAUGAUUAUUUAAUAAAAAAGAGAAAUUAUUUUUGUAGUGUUAGCAAGUUUAAUUGAAUAAGUUUUAGCCAUUCAUGGUGAGAAGACCUUUGAACUCCUGCCUAUAUCAUUUUUGCUUUUUUUUUUUAAAUAUUUGUAAGUACUAUUUUGUGGAUUAUUAGAGAAUAUUAAUCCAGUCUCUAUUCAUUAUGAGUUUUAACUCGUCAAAUAGAUUUUAUUCAAGUGGUUAUUUUGUGUUUAACACUAAAGAUGAAUUUUAACUUUUAGAUUAAUUUUACUCUAAAAAUAUUUAUUUAUUUAUUUAAAUUCAUAAGGAUGUAAAUCCAAUAACAAUGUAAAUAUAUAAUUAU